CCCCUACGGUGCAUUCUGGGUCCAACCCAAUAUGGCUGCGCCCUUGCAGAAGUGCUGAAGAAGUGUCUCGCCGGAGAAAUUCUCGGGAUUGCUUGCGAUUUACGCGAAAACCGUCGCGCCGACCGAGCCCCCGGGGUCGCUGGUUUGUAGAGGAGGACCGCACGACCGCAGUCAUCGACAAGUGUGGCCGGCGCUCCGUGUGGCUGUGGCAGACUGUCCGUGUGAAGAUGGGCCUCGUCUUCAGCCCCUUCCCAUAGCGAAGAGCCGUGGGGAGAGGAGCCGCAGAUUCCCCUGCAAACACGCGCCCGUCCAGCUCGGAUUUGACGGCUUUGACAUACUAUACCGGCUGUGGACGCUGCCCUACAAGUUUCUGACCAGGAUUAUUUGUGCGACCGUGUCUGUCAUCGUCCGGAGACGGAGAGGUUCCCCGGCCAGGGUUGAUAAUCCCACCGCACCAAGGGCCCUGAUGAAAAUGGACUCAGACUUGCUUCAUUCUCCGGCCGUGGGCCUCGCCGAGGAAGAGGAGGCCGACAUGAAUGACUGGAAACUUCCCUUGGCCUUCAUGAAGAAGAGGCACUCGGAGAAGAUCGAGGGCUCCAAGGCCUUAGCGCAGAGCUGGAGGAUGAAGGACAGGAUGAAGACUGUGAGUGUAGCGCUGGUGCUGUGUCUCAACGUCGGGGUGGACCCUCCUGAUGUGGUCAAGACCUCCCCCUGUGCCAGACUGGAGUGCUGGAUAGAUCCUCUGUCGAUGAGUCCGCAGAAAGCCCUGGAGACCAUCGGAGCCAACCUGCAGAAGCAGUAUGAAAACUGGCAGCCCAGGGCACGUUACAAACAGAGUCUGGACCCCACAGUGGAUGAAGUUAAGAAACUGUGCACGUCGCUGAGACGCAACGCCAAAGAGGAGCGAGUCCUCUUCCACUACAACGGCCACGGAGUUCCACGACCAACAGUCAAUGGAGAAAUCUGGGUUUUCAAUAAGAACUACACCCAGUACAUCCCACUGUCCAUCUACGACCUGCAGACGUGGAUGGGGAGUCCGUCCAUUUUCGUGUACGACUGCUCCAAUGCGGGAAUCAUCGUCAAGUCCUUCAAACAGUUCGCCCUGCAGAGGGAGCAGGAGCUGGAGGUGGCAGCCAUCAACCCCAGCCACCCGCUCGCCCAAAUGCCCCUGCCACCCUCCAUGAAGAACUGCAUCCAGCUGGCCGCCUGCGAGGCCAGCGAGCUGCUGCCCAUGAACCCCGACCUCCCCGCUGACCUCUUCACCUCCUGCCUCACGACGCCCAUCAAGAUCGCCCUCCGAUGGUUUUGCAUGCAGAAGAGUGCCAAGUUGGUGCCGGGGGUGACGUUAGACCUCAUUGAGAAGAUUCCUGGCAGGCUGAACGACAGACGCACACCCCUCGGAGAGCUCAACUGGAUCUUCACCGCCAUCACCGACACCAUCGCCUGGAACGUGCUGCCUAGAGAUUUGUUCCAGAAGUUGUUUCGUCAGGACCUGCUGGUGGCCAGCUUAUUCCGCAAUUUCUUGUUAGCGGAGAGGAUAAUGAGGUCGUACAACUGCACGCCGGUCAGCAGCCCCCGACUGCCCCCGACCUACAUGCACGCCAUGUGGCAGGCGUGGGACCUGGCCGUGGACAUCUGCCUUUCUCAGCUGCCUACCAUCAUCGAGGAGGGCACCGCCUUCAGACACAGUCCUUUCUUCGCGGAGCAGCUGACAGCGUUUCAGGUGUGGUUAACGAUGGGUGUGGAGAACAGAAACCCUCCUGAACAGCUCCCGAUUGUACUGCAGGUGCUGCUGAGUCAGGUGCAUCGGCUGCGAGCUCUGGACCUGCUCGGCCGGUUUCUGGACCUGGGACCCUGGGCCGUCAGCCUGGCCUUGUCCGUGGGGAUCUUCCCCUACGUGUUGAAGCUGCUCCAGAGCUCGGCCAGAGAGCUGCGGCCGCUGCUGGUUUUCAUUUGGGCUAAAAUCCUCGCCGUGGACAGCUCAUGUCAAGCCGACCUGGUGAAAGACAACGGACACAAGUACUUCCUGUCGGUGUUGGCUGACAGUUACAUGCCGGCUGAGCAUCGGACCAUGGCUGUCUUCAUCUUGGCUGUUAUCGUCAACAGCUACACCACAGGACAGGAGGCCUGUCUUCAAGGUAACCUCAUAGCCAACUGCCUGGAGCAGCUGUCAGACCCCCACCCUCUGCUCCGCCAGUGGGUGGCCAUUUGCCUGGGCCGCAUCUGGCAGAACUUUGACCCGGCGCGUUGGUGCGGCGUUCGGGACAGCGCCCACGAGAAGCUGUACACCCUGCUGUCGGACCCCAUCCCCGAGGUGAGGUGCGCGGCCGUCUUUGCUUUGGGCACAUUUGUGGGAAACUCCGCCGAGAGGACGGACCACUCCACCACCAUCGACCACAAUGUGGCCAUGAUGCUGGCCCAGCUCAUCAACGACGGCAGCCCCGUGGUCCGCAAGGAACUGGUAGUGGCACUGAGUCACCUGGUGGUCCAGUAUGAAAGCAACUUCUGUACCGUUGCCCUCCAGUUCAUAGAAGAAGAGAAGAACUAUACAGUACCGUCACCAGCCAACACUGCAGAGUCUGGUAACUUGACUCCGGUGAGGGACAGCCCGGCCGUCCCGCGGCUGCGAUCGGUCAACUCCUACACUAACAUCCGAGCUGCUACUACCGCGCGCAACCUGAACAAAAGCCUGCAAAACCUCAACCUCAAUGAAGAAGGUGGGCCGGCAGCUUACUCCCCCGGCAACCUGAGCACCAGCAGCAGCGCCAGCAGCACCCUGGGGAGCCCCGACAACGACGAGUACAUCCUGUCCUUCGAAACCAUCGACAAAAUGCGCCGGGUGUCCUCGUAUUCUUCCCUCAACUCCCUCAUAGGCGUGUCCUUCAACAGUGUUUACACACAGAUCUGGAGAGUGCUGCUACAUCUGGCCGCUGACCCUUUCCCCGAAGUGUCCGAUCUGGCCAUGAAGGUCCUCAACAGCAUCGCUUAUAAGGCGACGAUGAACGCCAGACCUCAGAGGAUCCUGGACUCGGGGUCGCUCACCCAGUCGGCCCCGGCCAGCCCCACCAGCAAGGGCACCCACAUCCACCAGGCGGGUGGUUCUCCGCCGAUGCCCAGCACCAGCAGCUCCAGUCUGACCAACGACGUACCCAAACCCCCCGCCAGAGAUCAGCCGGCCACGCGGCCUCCGUACACCCCGACGCUGGGGGGGCAGGCGCCGCACUCCCACCAGUUCACCCGCACCCGCAAGAUGUUCGACAAGGGACCAGAGCAGGCGGCUGAAGACGGUGACGACCAAGCGGGUCACAGGAACUACAUCAGUGCGGCGCUGCAGACGGGGCUCUGUGACUGGAGCGCCAAGUACUUCGCCCAGCCCGUCAUGAAGAUCCCGGAGGAGCACGACCUGGAGAGUCAGGUGAGGAUGGAGCGUCAGUGGAGGUUCCUGCGAAAUGCUCGAGUGAGAAGGCAGAGUCGAGGCAUCACACAAAGAGGUGUUCCCCGUCUGGAUGAUCAAAUAUUCAUCAACCGCAACCCUGGAGUACCGUCUGUCGUGAAGUUCCACCCCUUCAACACCUGCAUCGCGGUGGCCGACAAGGACAGCAUCUGCUUCUGGGACUGGGAGAAAGGCGAGCGGCUGGACUAUUUCUACAACGGAAACCCUCGUUACACCCGCAUCACGGCCAUGGAGUACCUGAACGGGCACGACUGUUCAUUACUGCUCACUGCGACAGAUGAUGGAGCGCUGCGCAUCUGGAAGAACUUUGCCGACCAGAAGAACCCGGAGAUGGUGACGGCGUGGCAGGGCCUCUCUGAUAUGCUGCCCACUACGCGAGGUCAGCCCUCCACCAGCACCCACAGUCUGGCCAGAAGGGUCUCCAUCUAUCUUGACAGGAGUAAGCAAGGAGGAGCUGGCAUGGUCGUGGACUGGGAGCAGGAGACCGGGCUCCUCAUGACGUCCGGGGACGUCCGAGUCAUCAGGAUCUGGGACACCGACCGGGAGAUGAAGGUCCAGGACAUCCCAACCGGAGCAGAUAGCUGUGUCACCAGCCUGUCCUGCGACUCCCAGCGUUCCCUCAUCGUCGCCGGUCUGGGCGACGGAUCCGUCCGCGUGUUCGACCGGAGGAUGGGUCCCAACGAAUGUCGUGUGAUGACCUACAGGGAACACGGAGCCUGGGUGGUCAAAGCUCAUCUCCAGAAGGAGACAGACGGUCACAUCAUCAGUGUCAGUGUAAACGGAGACGUUCGGUUUUUUGAACCCCGGACGCCGGACUCCAUCAAUGUUCUGCAGACGGUAAAAGGACUAACGGCCUUGGACAUCCACCCGCAGGCCAACCUGUUCGCAUGUGGAUCAAUGAAUCAGUUCAUAGCUGUGUACAAUGCUAACGGCGACGUGAUCAGCAACAUAAAGUACUACGACGGCUUCAUGGGACAGAGGAUUGGCGCCAUCAGCUGUUUAGCCUUCCAUCCUUACUGGCCCCACCUGGCGGUCGGCAGCAACGACUACUACAUGUCCAUCUAUUCUGCAGAGAAGAGGCUCAGAUAACACACCAGCAUCCGUCGCCCUCCCCCCCUGCCCUCCGACACACUUCUGACCCCCCCGAGCCUCGAGCCCCGGGAUGUAAAUGACAUUUACGUUGUACAUAUGCAAUUACUACCCUGAAUGUUCUAGUGAUGGCUGCUGACAAAAAAACCCAUGCUACGAACGAGUCCCUCUCUCUCCCCCAUACGUAUAUAUAUUAUUAUUAUUAUUAUUAUUACUAUCAUUGUUUAUUCAUAUUCUUAUUAUGAAGCUAAUGAUUGUAGACUUGGCUGUGCUGAGGAGUGUGCAUAUUUAAAUAGCAUAUACAGAAGAAGAAGAAGAAGAAGAAGUUCUAUUUUAAAGACGUGGUACCCACCCAUCACUGGUGCUUCUCCUCACCGCGCAGCGAGCAUCACUACCUGAACAAACUCAGCCCACGUGUGGCUAAAGAGAGAGGGGUCGACCGGAGGACUUCACACACCGAAACAAAAACAAAAAAAACCCCAUUCACCGGAGCGGGAGACACUGAACCCCCUCCCCCCCUUUUACUCCCUCCGCUGGACCCGGUGUUCAUUAAUUCAUUUUAACGGCCGUCUGCUCAGCCAAAGGACGCAGAAAAGCUCUGCAGCUUUUCCCGCUGAGACAUUCGUGAGGACGGACCCGCACGUGUUAUCGUGGCAGAUGUGACGAGGGUUUGUUUUUGUGUGUGUGUGUGUGUGUGUGUGUUUGUGUUAAAAGUGGAUUAUAGCACAGACGUGCCCCAUACAAUGGGCCGUCACAGCCUUGGACUAAACUGAUGCUCAAACAGGCACCUGCUCCCAUACCAGGACUCUCCAUCCUCGCCUCCCGGCCCCGGUGUGCCAAACAUGAUCGUAGUUCCCACGCAAGCCUCUUUGUUGUGGCUCAAAGGAGUUGUGUUUUUUGUUUUUGUUUUUUUGUUUUUUUUUUCUCUCGUUGUUGUUGAUUCGUUAAGAUGACACACACACUCUUAUCAAGCAGCGUGAGCUCGAUGGGUAAAAGCAAAGCACCCUGUUCCAACAGGAGACUGCAGUACGUGCCUACAAGCCCUGCAAAGCAAUAAGACCGCUGACGGUCUGAGCUCGUCCCGGUUCAGACUUAAAAAUAAAAAAAAAAGAAAAGAAAAGGAACGGUCAUUACCCAGAAACCCAGAGCUGCAGCAAUACAAACAUAGCACUGGUGCGUUUUUACCCCCUCGUAAGUGACAAGAUAGCAGUUAAGUCCAAACAAGCGAUUUCAAAAGCCUUUUUAGACACAUUUAGAAGCUGAGCCUGCUUGCAUGUCCGACCACAGUCCUCCCUCCCUCCCAGUGUUUCUUUUUGAGUUUUUACUUUGCUUUUAUUGUGUUCAGCAGUCCUGUGUCCGCUCCUCACUCUUGUCUCGCGUCCCGCACUUCGCUCAGGUAUUUCAUGAGCCGCCUCGACCAGAGCACGACGGCGAGAGAGGCGAGGUCCCUUUGUUGCCCGAUAAUUAGAGCAGAGCCUUUUUUUUUUUGUUGUGUUGUGCAGCAUCACCACGGUCGUGCCUCUUUGCUCUUUCUGGGGCUGCAGCUUUGCCUUCUUUUGUUUUUUUUUUCUUCUUUUUUUAAACUAAUGUUCUUCUGUUGUUUUAGUUUUAUGUUUUUAAUUCUCCCAGAGUUUAGUUUGCUUUGGUCUCACUUGUGUGGAGGGAAUAAAAAAAAAAAAAUUAAUAAUAAUAAUGAUAAAGUAAGUGGGAACAGCCUUCUCCCACUUGGGCUCCACUUUUCAUCUUUUCCCACCUUCACACCCCGACAGUUUUCUCCCCCCUUUUCUUUUCCCGCCGCGCCGCGCCCGCCUUCGCCUUCGCCUCGCAUCAGACACCUCCGAGCUUUUUGCUUUUCCCCGCAGAAGGAGUCGACUGAGAGCGAACUGGGAAACGCACCACACGACACGCAGCAGUCCGUACAAAUGAGCGCUGUCGCCACACACACACACACACACACACACACACACUGUCACCGAGCUCCUUAUCCCCCCCCCCCCCCCCCCUCGGUGGUUUAGCAGGCCUCAACCGCCUCAGCUGAAACACAUUUUGGCGUCGGGUCCUCGGCUCUGAACCACGUUCGACCUCUGAGAGUCCCUCUUAGAGUUUUAAGAUUUUAGAUGUGGAGAAUGAGGCCGUUAAGGAAGGAAAUACAAUCAGGGUUUUGCCUCUGUGACAGUGGACUGCUUGGCCCCCGACUGUGGUUUUUAAAACAGGAGAUGAAAUCAAUGAAAUAAACCAAAUACAGCACCGGA